GUUGAGCUGCCUGGUCCCCAUGCCUCCGGGUGGGAGCUACGGCGCGGCUCGCUUCCAGCUCAUUCAGUGUCUCCUACACGUGGUUCUGGCUGCAGCAGUUGGGUCAGCGACCGCGAGAGAUCGGGUCGCUUCCCAGCUCCUCGACAGGAAUUGUGAGCAGGCGGGAAGGAUAAACCCUCCUGUAACCUGGCAACGUCUCUCUUGCUGUGGCAGCAAACCCUGGCAGGCUGCGGGCGCAUGCGGAGCUGUCAGCAAGCAGAUUGCUGCCCCAGGCCACGGCUGUGGUGAUGGAGGAGCCAGUGCAGCUGAGCGCAGAAUGGCGGCCGCUCCCAGAGCCCGGCAGCACCCGCACCUUUCCCGCCGGCCUGGGCGCUGGGAGCAGGCGAAGGCUGUGAAACCCAUCUCCCAGUUCUUCUGCCCCAUCCCUCCCUUCUCCCCUUCCCUGGGCGUGGCGGGGCAGGCCGUGUCCCUGGGGACAACGUGCUUUGUCGUGCACGUGAGGCUUUGUUGCACACUGCUGGCCACUCGCGCGGGGAAGCAUGUACAGCGUUAAUGAUUUGUCUGUGUCCAUCCAUCCAUUGCAGGGGUGUGUGGCAGGGCUGGAACAGUGGGCCGCGAGCAUCUCGAGGGCAGGGCCCCUAGCCGGGGAGGCGAUCGGGAUGCAGGCAGGCGGGGAAGCCAGCCACACAUUGUGCCCUGCCGUCGCCAUGCUGCGCUGACUCCUUGGCGCACGCUCCCCCUCCGCCUGCCUCCCUCUCCUCACACUCUUUCCUUCCUCUGGCUUGCGCGCUGCCCUUCCUUUCCCCGGAUUUCUGUCUCCUGCUGGUGCUGCGCUUGUCCGGAGGGGCUUGUUCUUAGCCUUCUGUGCUGGAAAUCCUGCCAGUGAAUGUUUCUGUGCUGCCUGCCACGUCCCUGGGGAGAAGGCCUGGGAAUGCAGUGCUGGAGGAGACCAAGACCGCUAUUGUUCCUCACGGCUGCCGGGUGCUUUCUCUAGCUGGCAGAGCCUCCCCGUGAGCUGCUCCAUGUCCUUGCCGGAGCUCCCCCUGCACCCCAGGGCCCAGGAUCCUGUGGCGCUGGAGAGGAGAGGCUGCAGUGCUGCUGCUGGAAGGCUCAGACGUGUUUUCAGUUUGCCUCCCGCUUAUCUCUGCUGUUUGGACAGAGAGGUUUAAAAGGCUGGAUUUUCUGUCCCUGCAGAGUAAACACACAGACCCGGGCAGCGCAAACUAUUUCUGGCUUAUCAGUUGAGGAAUGCAGCAGCUGAGGAUUAGCGGGAGUGGGCCGUCAGGAAGGCCCUGAAGGGGCCCCCUCCCCACUCCGCUCUAUUAGAAGUGUGAGAGCCCAGCAGGACUCAGAGGGGAGAGUUGGAGAAAAAGGCAGAAAAGGGAAAGAAAGAGGCAGAGGGAGAGGAGAGAGGCUGAGCCGACCCGAUGGCCACGGAUGAAGUUGCCGGCGGGGCUCGCAAAGCCACGAAAAGCAAACUUUUUGAGUUUCUGGUCCACGGGGUGCGUCCUGGGAUGCCAUCGGGUGCUCGAAUGCCCCAUCAAGGGGCACCAAUGGGUCCCCCAGGCCCUGCCUACGUGGGAAGCCCCUCAGUGCGCCCCGGGAUGCCCCAGGCCGUGAUGGAGCCGACACGGAAGCGCACGGCGCCGCAGCAGGUGCAGCAGCAGCAGGUGCAGCAGCAAGUGCAGCAGCAGCAGCAGCAGCAGGCAACCCAGAGCCGCACCAGGAGUGCCAAGAGGAGGAAGAUGGCUGACAAAAUUCUCCCUCAGAGGGGCAUUGAUCAAAAUGCUAAAUUGUAUAGACCCAAAGCCAGUCCCAUCUGUAAGCAUCCUAGCAUUUUGUCAGUUUGCUGCUGCAUGUUGAGUUAGCAGCUUCAUUGAUUUGUCAGUAAGUACUGCCUUGCAUUUGUCAAUAUUGAAUUCAGUCUACUACCCAGUUGCCCAUUCACCAGACUCUGUUAGAUCUCUGAAGUUCCUCACCAUCUUCCCCAGUUUUGACUGACCUAAUAACUUUAAGCCAUCUGCAUAUU